AUGCUUGUCACGCACAGCUCGAUAGUCUUCAUUGACAACCCACAACAAUCUACCAAAGGCAUGCCAGCCGGCCCUGUCGAGUCCGGAUAUGUGGCCCACCAGCUGCUGGCAGGGGUGUACGACAGCAUCCCCUCCCUCGAACCGACGGCCGAGGAUACGGCUCGCGCCCGCGAAGUCAUGAGUCUCCUGCAGAGCGAGGCUGGGACCCAGUGGGCGCGCAGCGGUUCGCUGCGGCGUCGAGAGCCAAGGAGCAUGGAUAACACAUUCACCAACCUGAAGAAACACUCGUGGGAGACGGACGCGCACCUGAACCCGAACCGCGUCGAAAUCGACCUCACGCUCGCGCAUCUGCCCAAGCGCGCCGAAGAUCUCGUCAAGUCACACAAGGCGGGACACAAGAAGGGAGGGGAAAGCUUCUCUGGUCUCCCACCCGGGUUUGGUUACGAGGACGCCCUCGUGCUCGCUGCUGCGCGGUGGUUCAAGCACGAAUACUUCCGCUGGGCCGAUCCGAUCAAGUGUGCGUGUGGCGGGGAUACAACGUACGAGGGACAGGGUGAACCAAGCGCCGAGGACCUGCAGGGUGGAGCGGGCCGCGUCGAGCUGCACAAGUGCACGGCCUGCGAGAAGGAUACGCGCUUCCCGCGCUACAACACGACCGAAGCCCUAAUGCGUGCCAAAGUGGGCCGGUGUGGCGAGUUCGCACAGCUCUUCUACAUCUUCCUCCUUGCGCUCGGUCUGGAAGCGCGCUACGUUUGGAACUCGGAGGACCAUGUGUGGACCGAGUACUGGAGCCCCACCCUCCAGCACUGGGUGCAUGUCGACUCUUGCGAGGCCGAAGUCAACAAGCCCCUCCUGUACGAUCGGGGAUGGGGUAAGAUGCAGGCUUACUGUCUUGCGUUUGGGGCGGCUGGGGCGGAGGACGUCACGAAAGUGUAUGUCGACGACAUGGCCGCGUGUCUCCGCCGGCGCGAGGAUAAGUGGCGGCAGGGGACGGGGUGGGAGGAAGACCAUCUGGCUUGGCUCCUCCUCACGCAUACAGUGCAGUGCCGCGGCCUGCUGGACGAGGAGGAACGCCUCGUGCUACAGAGUAUGGACGAAGCGCAGGCACGUUGGGCGGCUGAUGAGGGGGAGCGGUGGCGCGAGGCGGAAGCUAGUGGGCUUCAGGGCCGGCAGAGUGGGACUGAGGAGUGGAAGGAAGCGCGUGGGGAGACGGGCAAGUAG